AUAUGCAAGUCCGGUCGCUUUUGCGCAGUUUUGCUAAACCUCCCCUGGCCAUGUGUAUUUGUUUGCAACAGACCCGGCGAGUAAUCAAUGAAAAGAGCGGUAGAUGACAUUGUAGGCCAUGUUGUUAUACGUGACUUGUUGUAAUAUGUGUGAACUACAACCUGAAGCAGUAAACCUUGCAUAAAAGUGCACCGUUUUAGCUGUGGGGAGUAAUAAAUAGUAACACAGUAAUAAAUACCUCUACCUCUAUAAUUAUGUCUGUAUGUUGUAAUUAUUACAUCACAAUUAAAGAUGUUUUUGAUUAAAACAAAUACGUUCCCCGAAAACUAACGCAAUGUAAUUAUAAAAUAAUAUGUUAGUUAGCAACAAAACUAUAACUGUGUUGAUUUAGUGAUCCUGAUAACGAAAAGUGGAUCUUACUCAUUCUCACCUAAUUGGCAUUUACCCAAUUUUAUUUCAAAAUGUCGCACUGUGGUUGAGCAAUAACACCGAACAGCAUCAGCACAAAAGUCGUCACACUGAACGGAAUCAGGACAAAAGCUGUCACACUGCACGGUAUCGGGAAAAUCAGUUUCAUACAGAGGCCGCAUAAGCUUUGCACGCAUAGCAACAGUAACUAAGGGUGCGGGGCGUAGCGAAGGGUCACAUGCGUCAUCAAGGUGCGAUCAGUAGUUGGAAAAAAAGAAGCGGGAGACACUCGAAAUGGACAAAGUACAGCAAUAUGAGCGGCUGAAAAAGGAUCUCGAGAACGGUUUGAUAACCCAGAAAGGUUUUGACACCAACAUAAAAAGUCUCCUAGCUGUAGACACAAAAGAUGAACCUGGGACACCUCAUGCAUUUUUAAGCGCAGCAGAGGCUUUCAACAAGGCCAAGAAGGCCAUAGGGGGAGCUGUAAAAAAAAAACAGUUUCCACUUUGCAAAAAGAAAAUGCAGAACAGUGGUAGGGUACUGAAGAUAAGACUGGCCCCCAUGGAGUGGAGACCAAGAAGCAAAACCAGAUCUGGGCGGUACCAGCGGAUAGUGCUUGAGGAGACUCCACCAAGAGUCAUUUUGCAAGGGCAUGAGACAUAUGAGGACCUAGUAAACAUUGGGAAGUCACAUUUCUGGUCACCAGAGGAUGCAGAGGGGUGUGAGUUCACCCUCUGCAAUGCAGAUGGGACAAGGUGGAGCAAGGAGGACUUCCUCCUUGAGUUUCCGGAUGCAUCUGCAAUUACCUAUGCAUGGAAAAGGACGCUUUUUGUCGGGCGCAAGGAAUUGGAUGUUAUGUGUCUGGAUGACGUCCAGUUGGACGCGUCAGAAGAACAUCCUGAUAAGUGCGACACGUGUGAGGCCGGCACAGAUGAGGACCCUGAAAACGUCGAGUCAGAAGUGGGGGAAAGUUGUCUGUCAGAAGAACAUCCUGAUGAGUCCGACAUGUGUGAGGCCGGCACAGAUGAGGACCCUGAAAAUGUUGCAUCAGAAGUGGGGGAAAGUUGUCUGUCAGUUCUAUUCCCUGAUGCUGAUGACGAUGAUGGUGCAAGUAUUGCAGAUCAGGGUUUCCUGUCUGACACUUCAUCUAAAAAAGAGACAGGGAGAGGAAAAGAAAAUGAAAAUGUAGGGAAAUCUGCAGGCACAGGUGAAAGCCAAGGUGCUGCCUCCCAAGAAACACCUACUCUACCAGCAUUGUAUCUUCCAAGGAUUCCCUAUGUGGACGGCAAUGCCAUAACAUACAACAAAGAGGAUCUUCUUGGGCAGGGGGCCUUUGGAACAGUCUACAUGGGUUCCUUUCAUGGAACCCCUGUAGCUGUAAAGAAAGUGCAGUUUGGCUCGGCAGGAAUGGCGGAAGCCGACAUUCAGCACGAGAUCAAUGUUUCGCUGAGAUUGUGUCAUCCCAAUAUUGUCCGUCUAAUGGCUGCAUCACGGACCCCGUCCUACUUUUUGUUGGCCAAUGAGUACAUCCAUGGAGCAACCCUGGAUGCAGUGCUGCACAUGGACAACUGCUUUAUAAAGCUUGAAGGAGAUGAUGCUGCUUUCAUUUCCCUGGACUUGGCAAUGGCUGUGGAAUACAUCCAUGCACAAGGAGUCAUCCACCAAGACAUUAAGCCAGCAAAUGUCAUGCUUCACCAACCAUCCAAGAGGGCAGUCUUGACGGACUGGGGCAUGGCUAACAUAAGGGACACCGUCAGUAUCCGCCAAGGAAGUCGUCUGUCAGCGCAGGCAGUAGGGCCAGCUGGUGGCACUUUUCUUUACAUGGCUCCUGAAUGCAUUCUGCAUUUUACAGAGGCCACCGGACAGACAGACAUGUGGUCCCUGGGAGCCACAUAUCUGGAGGUGUUGACAGGGUCUGCUCCAUGGUCAGUCUGUAAGCAACGGGAGCUGGCAAUGCUGCUGCGUGCCCAAACACCACCACAUGCCCUUGCUCAGCUCGAUCCAAAGUUUUCUUAUCUUGGUGGCCUUUUAAGUUAUGAUGCCUCCUCAAGGGCUACCGCAUCUGAGGUGGUAACUUUCUUGAAAUCCAUCCUUGAUCUUGCAAACCGUUAUGGCUACAAGUGGUAGUUCACCCACAAUGUUGUCUUGCCCCCAAGUACAUUACGUUGUUACAGUGUUAUAUUUACAGUGUAAGCAAAAAAAACUGAAAAUUGCUGGUUGAAAAGCUGUUUGUGCAUUGUUACACUGUUGUUCAAUGUUAAAAUGUAUUUGCAGUUUUUUGUAUGGCAAAUUGUUGCCUUAUUGAGGUUUUCUGCAUCCCCAACAGAAUAAAGGAAGCUUCCACUUGCAAAGAAUCUCAGUGUCACACAGACCAUCAUAGGUACAGUGAGAGCAUGGCUUCGUGCCAUCUGGUGCUGUAUCUUUGGACCCAGCAGCCUACAUAAAUAUCUCAGGCCAUCACCUGAGAAUCUGUAUCUCGCAAUGAAGAUAGUCAUCUCCAAAGGCCAAUGGGUCAGACCUGUCCCAAAAGACUCUUUCAUGCCUAAAAGCUCGUCUGAGGAUUAGGGCUUCAUCAUCAAGUGCAUCCUCCAAAAAAGGGCAUGCCAUUAUGAAGAAGAUACAGAUGAAUAGGAGUUGGGCUUAUAAACUCUUGCUAUCGUCACAGACUUAAUUGAAACCACCUUUGCAACU